AUGAGUUGUUCGGUGCUCGUAGAGGCGACUUCCUCUAACAUAGAUGAUGACCUCUACACGUUUAAAGAAGACCCCGAGUCGCCAGUGUCCGGUAACUCACCCGAGCAACAGCCAGAGGGCGCAACUGGCGGGAGCGGGAAGGCCGCAGCGCCGUGCAAAGUGUGCGGGGACAAGGCGUCGGGAUACCACUACGGGGUUACUUCGUGCGAGGGUUGCAAGGGCUUUUUUCGAAGGAGCAUCCAGAAGCAAAUAGAAUACCGUUGCCUUCGCGACGGUAAGUGUCUUGUGAUCCGGCUGAACAGGAACCGCUGCCAGUUCUGCCGGUUUAAAAAGUGCCUCGCGGUUGGCAUGAGCCGCGACUCGGUCAGAUACGGAAGAGUUCCAAAGAGACCGAGAGAAGCGACAAAUACAGAGCACACUGCAGAGAUAUCUAAAAAUAUGGCGUCGGGUUCGGCGCCGCCCCCGCAGCCGGAUCCGCCGCCUAUAGAAGAAAUGGAUCCGGACCCUAUACAACAAGACUUCAUCACGGACCUGGCCAAAGUUAUUAUCGCUGCUCACCGAACCAAUAACACUUACACGGACGAAGUGAAAUCUACACUACAAAUAAGAAAUGUCGAAGUCAAAACAGAAGAAUCUGACACAGAAGGGAGCGGCAGUGAAGAAGCCGCCAGCUCCACGACAGGCCAUACAAUGGACACGCUGUCCAUGCUAUGGUACAAUGUGGCCUAUAGAAUGACACCAUCAGUACAACAGGUGGUGGAAUUCGCCAAAAGAAUACCCGGAUUCACCUCUCUGCCUCAAGAUGACCAACUUAUUCUAAUUAAGUUAGGAUUCUUCGAGGUGUGGCUGUCACGAGCCACCAAGCUAUCCUCGGCCACUAACAUCGUAUUCGACGACGGUACCGCCGUCAGCCUGACCCAGCUAGAAACCAUCUAUGAUACCCAGUUCGCUAACGCUAUGUUGUCAUACGUUGCUCAAAUCACGAAUUUGGCAACGUCUGACGAUGAACUGGCGGUGUACUCCGCCAGUUUGUUGAUCAGCCCCUUGCGCAAUGGACUAAGCGAUCGUGACAGAAUAACCACCCUCUAUACUAACAUCGGUGAAGCACUUAAACACGUGUUUACAGAAGCUGGAGUUCCAGACGUGAAAGCUCGCCUCGAUGCGUUCGCUUUAGCAGCCCAAGAAGUUCGUACAUUGGGCGCCCGACAUAAUGAACUUUUAACCUGGUGCCGCGUCAACUGGCCGCGACUAGUCCUUCCCGCCCUCUUCUCUGAAAUAUUUGACAUCCCCAAGGGCGAAGAGGACGAGUCCACCGAAUCUGAACGAGCCUCGGCACCUAUAUCCCAAGUACAGGGC